AUACCAGAAAUUUUUGAAUACCUAAGUUCCUAAAUAGCUUCAUGAAAUUUAAUAGUUUCAUGUACGCCUAAUUUAGCUACUUAGAAAUGAAGUUUAUAGUUGUAGUAUUUAAUUACUUUGUCUGCUGCGUGAAUGAGUUCCGACAUACACAGUCAUGAAUAUCUAAUCUCCAAAACGACUUAUACUCCAUCUUCCAAUUAGAGUUUCCUAUUAUUGAGUUAUAUAGUGCAGGGAGCUCAUUUAUGAAUAAUUAAUUAGGUAUUUACUUCCUUGUGAGCGGAUUGGCUCAUAAGCGCUUAAGCCUGUCAUGCGGUACUGUGUACAAGAAGAUUGCCAGUGUGCACAGCCUAGCCACAGGGCCAUCGCCACUGCCUGGGAAAAUCCUCAAACCAAGUGUAUUCCCCUCCAAAACUGCCUGCCUCCCCAGGGCCUUCUGAGGUAACCUGCAGACUGAUGAGCUUCUGACCAUUGCUGUGUUUUGACCACUUUUUGUCUUCAAGUUCGUUGAAGUUGGUACUGGAACCGUUUUAUCACCAUGGCCAGCAAAGAGGGCAUGCUGAGAUGGAAGGGACGUGUUGCCUUGGUAACAGGUGCCUCUUCAGGGAUUGGUCAAUCCACCGCGAGGGCUCUUGCCAAACACGGCAUGAAAGUGGUCGGCUGUGGCAGGAACAUCAAACCAAUUGAGGAGGACGCUAAGGCGUUAUUAGAAGACAGCACUGUCACUGGCUCCCUGCAUGCAAUCAAAUGCGAUUUGACGCAAGAGGACGAAAUCCUGGCAAUGUUUGCUGAGAUCAAGGAGAAGUUUGGUGGUGUAGACGUCUGUAUCAGCAACGCAGGACUAAGUCAUUCCGGUUCAAUAAAUUCAAGAAUGGGCAUACUGAAUGGAGAGACGGCCAAGUGGCGAGACAUGCUGGACGUCAAUGUUUUAGCUGUGGCCAUAUGCUGCCGAGAGGCUGUAAAACAAAUGGAGGAGAAAGGGGCAAUGGAUGGUCAGCUGCUAGUGACCAACAGCAUGUCUGGCCACCGAUUGACCUCGAUGGAAACCCAUUUUUAUGCCGCCACCAAGCACGCUGUGACUGCUUUGGUGGAGGGUAUCCGACGGGAAUUGAGGGCCAAGAAGAAUCACAUUAGAAUUGCACAAGUCUCUCCUGGGUUAGUAGAAACAAGAUUUCAAGUGCGCAUGUAUGCCAGUGGUGAUCCUGAAAUGACACGUGCUAUGACGUACAAAUCACUUGAGGUCUUGACAGCAGAGGAUAUCGCUGACAAUAUGCUCUACAUACUGCAAGUUCCACCCCAUGUUCAGGUGCAUGAUAUCCUCAUCAGACCAACGGAACAGCCAUUUUGAAAAACGUCCAGGGAACUAGAAGAACUUUCUUCCAAGAUGGCCGUCUUAGUGUACUACAGUACACGUACCUAAAAACCCAACUGCAGUGUCAGCCUUUUGUCUGUGGUUCCCCAGGCACUGGAAGUUUUAUAUAUAGGCCUAUGCUCAUUCGUAACAUAUUUAGCCCUGCAAUUGCUGAUUUUACACACAUUAUUUUAAAACACGAAAGUUUAGCACUGGCUCAGGCGAAACGGGAUAUUUUCUUUACUAACUUAUUUACUUACAAUUCAGCGCAGCUUGAAUUGAUACAGACUCUGUGGAUAAAUGUACAUGUACAGUACAUGUAUAUGCAUGUAAUGGGCCAUUACUUUCACAGUAUCUUGAACGUUGUUUUAUAAAUGCAUGAAAUAGGAAUGCAGGUAAACGUAAACAGAGUGGAACAAAAACACUGCAAUAAAUACACACAUGUAACAUUCUGGCUAAAAUAUGAAAUGUGUAAGUUUAACAUCAAAUCUGGAUGAAGUUGUGA